AUGGCCCACGGCCUCCCGGGCCGCGCAGGCCCGCUUCCGGCUCUGCGCACUCGCGUGCGCGCGCGCCAGCCCCGGCUUCCGGCGGCCGCGGGACGAUCCACCGUCCUCACGGCGCGCGAGGAAGAAGAACGUCGACUGCGGUUCGAGCACGGGCGGGCGUAUUUAAGGACCAGGAGCAGGUUGUGGGAGAUGGACGAUGUGCUCAUCCAAAUAAAAACCCAGCUGGAGGCCUCCGAGGAGGCCCCGGAUCACGUCCAGCAUCCAAAUGGGGACGCUGACGAGAGAGUGUCGGAGUUGUGCGAGAAGGCCGAGGAGAAGGCGAAGGAGAUCGCGAAGAUGGCAGAGACGUUGGUCGAGCUUGUCUGGCGGACAGAGAGAAGCGAGUCGUCUUGAAGGAGAAUAUCGCAGAAGGUCACGAGCUAGCGGGAGCUGGGUGGAAGUCUCAGUGUGGCCGGAAGCACGGUCAAACAGCCUCUUGUAAAAAGGGUAAUAUUCUAGGAGCAAAUCCCCCAUUUUAUUGCCUCAGAAAUUGGGCACUGGGAACAAAGUGGGGUCAGGUUGCGUGCUGGUUUUGUUAGGUGUUAGUCUAUUCUCUUUUUCUGUGGCACCUCCCUUUCCCAGUGGUAAUUAGAGAAAAAUGAAGGUAACUUCAGGUAUGUUUUUUGUGGACCAUAGAAGUCAAUUCUAAGGCCGGGCGCGGUGGCUCACGCCUGUAAUCCUAGCACUCUGGGAGGCCGAGGCGGGCGGAUCAC